AUGCAAAGGGACAACCAAACCACCCCGAGCGGGUUCGUUUUCACCGGGUUUUCCCACUUCCCCAAGCUCCAGGUUUCAUUGCUUGUGCUCUUUCUCCUCAUGCACGUGACGACCCUGGCUGGAAAUUUGGUGAUAAUCAGGGUGGAUCGGGGUCUGCACACGCUCGUGUAUCUCUUCCUAGGUGCCCUCUCCUUCUCCGAGCUCUGUUACACCUUCUCCACCACCCCAAAGAUGCCAUCUGGAUUAGUGCUGGGAACUCGAGCUAUUUCUGUCAUGGGCUGUGCCGCACAAAUACAUUUCUCCUUCACAUUUGGGUUCACGCACUCUUUACUCCUGCCGGUGAUGGGCUACGACUGGUACGUGGCCGUCUGUCACCCUUUGCGUUACAACACCCUCAUGACCUCCCGUGUCUGUAUCCAGCUGGUGGUUGCCUCAUGGUUGAGUGGGGGUCUCCUGGAGCUGCUGGUGACUUGCGCUGUCUUCCAGUUACCCUUCUGCCAGUCCCACCAGAUUGACCAUUUCUUCUGCCACGUGCCCCCCCUUCUCUAACUGGCUUGUGCUGGUGGCGAGACGGUUGGCGCCAUAGUAAAUGUCCUUUGCGUGACUGCCUCGUCAGGUUGCUUUCUGCUUAUCCUUCUCUCCUACGCCUUCAUCCUUGGCCACAUCCUCCAGAUGCCCUCAGCGGAGGGGAGGCACAAAACCUUCUCCACCUGCGCCUCCCACCUUGCCGUAGUCGUGGUGCAUUACGGCUGUGCCUCCGUUAUCUACCUGCAAGGCAAAUCACCCCGCGCUGCAGGAGCGAGUGCUCUCGUUGAUGUGUCCUGUAUGGUCUUCACUCCCUUCCUCAGCCCCAGCAUUUUUAGUCUGCGGAGCAAAGACUUAAAAAAAUACCUUUUGGAAAUCCUUGAGGAAAAGCUUUCUUGUUGGAAAUGCAAAUUUUUGGCCAGGCUCUAG